UAGGUCAAUGGAAUUAAUUCUAGAUCCCGCACCGUCUCUUCUCACUGUCAUUAUCGAUACAAACCCCCACGCCUGGGCUCUGCUCGAGCAAAACGACAAGAACCCGCUGCCCUUCUCCACGGCCCUUGCCAACAUCCUCGUCUUUCUGAAUGCGCACCUCGCUUGCAAUUACGCAAACGAGGUCGCGGUUGUUGCUUCGCAUAGUCACAAAGCGGCCUGGCUGUACCCCUCUGCUUCGUCUUCGGUAACACCGACAGACUCAGACGGCGAUGUCGCCAUGACGGUAGGCGUCAACGGGGGCGCGAAUGGCAACAGCAACGCCCAAGGCACACCAGUAAACAAAUACCGCCCGUUCCGGAUCGUAGAGGAACAAGUUACAUCGAAUCUCCACCGGCUCAUGGAAUCUACAAAAAGUACAGACGUGGACAGCUCCACAUCUACGAUGAUGGCCGGCGCCCUCACGCUUGCCCUUAGCUAUAUCAACCGGCGCACCAUCGCCUGGGCCGAAGCGCACGGCGGCGACACAACAGCCGAUUCAGCAACCGGUAGCUCUCGACGCACUGCAGCCCCAGCCCCAGCACCAGUGGCACCACCACCACCACCAACAACAGGCGCAGCAGCUGCACAUCCCAACUCCCCCGCGGAAGGCGGCCUCCAAUCCCGCAUCCUGAUCAUCUCCGUCAGCAGCGCCACCGGUUCCGCACACCAAUACAUCCCCAUCAUGAACGGCAUCUUUGCAUGCCAACGCCUCCACAUCCCCAUCGACGUGUGCAAGCUCAGCGGUGACGCUGUCUUCCUCCAACAAGCCUCCGACGCCACAAAGGGCAUCUACAUGUCUCUCUCCCAACCCCGUGGCCUCCUCCAAUACCUCAUGAUGGGCUUUCUUCCCGACCAGCGAUCCAGAGGUCACCUUGUUCUCCCCACCCGCGUAGAUGUGGACUUCCGCGCCGCUUGCUUCUGCCAUCGACGCGUCGUGGAUAUCGGGUUCGUCUGCUCCAUCUGCCUGAGUAUUUUCUGUGAGCCCCCGGAGAACGAAGACUGUCUGACCUGCGGAACCCAUUUGGAUAUGGGUGACUACGGCGCGAAACCGGCCGUAGUUUCGCGGAAGAAGAAGAAGAAGAAGAAGGUUCGUGCGAACGGGGUUUCAGGCACGCCAACCCCGACCGCGACGCCCACUCCGACCCCGGGCCCAUGAUUUUUUUUUUUUUUUUUUUUUUUUU